AUGAGUAUUAGUGCAACGGAUGGAAUAUGUGAUAAUGCUAGGGCGUACCCCGCAGGCGACGCGCAGGCGCAGCACCCGGCGGCUGUGGGAAGUGGACGAGGGUUGCUGCACCGGGGACGGGGGCAGCGUAAGAAGCUAGUCCGGGAAGUAAGACUGAGGAUUGCAAGCUGGAAUGUAGGUACGAUGACUGGGAGAGGAAGAGAGUUAGCGGAUGUUUUGGAAAGAAGACGAAUAAAUGUAGCAUGCCUGCAGGAGACGAAGUGGAAGGGACAGAAAGCAAGAGAAAUUGGGGCGGGUUACAAGUUUUAUUAUUGUGGAAGUGACGGGAAAAGAAAUGGGGUGGGUGUAGUUCUGGAUAGAGAACUCAAGAACAAGGUGAUGGAUGUAAACAGAGUGAAUGAUAGAAUGAUUGCCGUGAAAUUGUUGCUAGAAAACGUGAUUGUGAAUGUAAUAAGUGUUUAUGCACCGCAGACUGGGUGUAAUAAUAGUUUGAAAGAGAAAUUCUGGAGUGAUUUGGAUUUGUUAAUUAUGGGAAUACCAGAAUAUGAGGAGAUAUACGUGGGUGGGGAUUUUAAUGGACAUGUGGGAAGGAUGAAUGAUGGAUAUGAAAGAGUGCAUGGGGGCGUGGUUACGGAGUCAGGAAUCAGGAGGGUGAAGCUCUACUGGAAGCAGCCUUAG